AUGAAGCUCCUCCAGCUACCCGAGUGCAUCCUGGGCGAGUUCGAGGCCACGGCGACGCCGAAAUUCGCGAUAUUAUCGAACUGCCGAGAUAACAUACACUUGAGAGGCGGGAAACGAGACAUAAGCUCAUCGAAUUUACACGAAUCUUUCGCCAAUAGUUGGAUUAUAAAGGCAGCGGACCACUUGGCUCUGCUGGGGAUAUAUCAUAUCUGGGUAGCUGAAGUUUGCAUCGGCUCCGCAGACGAGGAGAGGAAUGAGGCUGUUAACGGACUUCGACAAAGGUUAGAGAAGGCCGAGGUGUGUUUCGUAUAUCUUCAUGAUCUCCCCGCUGGGGUAUCAUACGAUCAAGACGUCUGGGCAAAGUGCACUUUCUGGAAGCAGGCUCGGGCCCUUCCGGAUUUGCUGAUCCCUCCCCGGGUGGAGUUCUUCGAUCAGGGAUGGGCACCAAGGGGAUCAAAAGGGUCGACAGAACUCGCCUCCCUCAUCUCAUCCAUCACGAAUAUUUCCACCCGAGUGCUACUCGAUAGCAGCACGCUCACGGAUUUCGGGCUCGGCGUGCGCAUUUCUUGGGCUGCGGGCCGAACGGCAAGCCUCGAAGAGGACUUGAUAUAUUACCUCGCCCCUAUCUUGGGCAUUUCUAUGCAAACGCGAUAUGACGAGGGGCGUGAGCAAGCCUUCCUUAGAUUGCAAAAGAAGGUUCUCCGCGACUGUCGAGACGGAUCUCUAUUUGGGUGGCUCAGCAGCGACGAAAAGGAAGUGCGUGGAAUGUUCUCGAAAUCGCCAGACGAGUUUUCACACUUCGCCGGACCUCACAAGAAAUAUCAAUGGGACGGGCCAUGGCCCAUGUCGAGCAAGAUACGGUUCUGCAACAGGGGACUUGAGCUACAAGUUCAAACAUACAAGCUGGAUCCAUAUAUUGUGGUCGAUAUUGGCUGUUGUGAAGCCAACCUCUCGCAGCUCAAGCACCGCAGGGUCGGUGUUCUCCUACGAAAUUGGAGUGGUGUUUAUGUUCGAGCCAAACCAGCGGUGCAGUCGGUCGUCUUUAGCACCGCUCCCUUUCAGAUGAUCGACGUUGUUCAACAUCUAGAUGCUCGAAAGGCAUCCAAGAUCCGCUCCUACUUCGAGUCCCAGGACAACAGCAGCAGUCUCAUGAGCAUCAGCCAGGUCGAAAAACACCUUACCACGACGUUAGCCAUCAGCACCAGCCCCAGAGACGUUCUGGAGGCCGGUAGCAUGCCUGGCAUAUCCCCAAAUGAGGAUACCAGAUCCGGAAACGCCACACCGACGUCGGUCCAGCUAAGCACAGGGAUCAAAAGGGGUCGUUCAGGUCGCCCAAUGUCAUCGCCAGGCAGCCGCCAAGAGCAGGCCGGGCCGUCUUCGAGGAGCUAUAGGAGGUCGCAUUCGGACUCUGAGAGCAGCGACAGUGACUCCGACGCCAGCAGUGAGUCAGAGUAUGACGACUAUGACGAGUACGAAGACGAAGUCAUAGAGCUAGACCCGAACCACCCGCUACUAGUCAUUCGCUCGAAUUUAGUUGACUUCGUAUACGGCCAAGGCAAAUCAUGGAUGAGCUCUGCGACAUACACCACACCGCCCCAGGACAGACUCCCUCCCAAGAAGCGAUGUAGGACUAUCGACGACCAGUCAUCGCCUGCCUUGAUCAAAUAUGAAGAGGGUGCAGAUGAUCAUUUCAUUGCCCGCCGAUUCGAUGGGUUCUACCACCUGGCAUGCCCUUACUACAUCGCCAAGCCCGAGAAAUACUAUAAGUCUUGCCUCCUGGGCCAUUCUCUUCAGUCUAUAGAGGAUGUUAUCGGGCAUUUAAUCCAGCACCACAAGGAACCGCCCUACUGCCCUAUAUGCAGGCGGGAAUUUGACAGCCCGUGGGUGCGUGAUCAGCACGUGCGUACCAGAACAUGUGCGGUCGUAAACUCGGGCGAAGUGGACGGAGUGAACGAACGGCAACGACGCAAGUUGCGCAAACGGGAUAGAGUGCGCCUGGGCGAGGAAACACGCUGGACGCGCGUCUGGCAUACCGUCUUCCCCGAGCUUGCGCCACCAGAGUCGCCAUAUCUCCAUGAUGGCGUGGAUGUGGCUGUGGCGAUGAUGCGAGACUACUGGGCGACUCGGGGUCCGAAGCUCGCCGAGGGGUACCUGGGCGACAGCGCACAGCUUGACUCACAUGACAUGCAGACUCUGGAUGCUUUCUAUAGGCUGGUUCUGGAUGAUUUGCUGGCAAAGGUGUGGGAUGAUGUUGAUUUUCGCAGUGGCAGUGGGGAAGCAGGCAGCAGCGAGACUGUGUGA